CCCUCUGUCUCCUGUUUAUAUAAUUCAAUCCUCUCAUGCAUCUCUCUCCUCUUCCUUCCAUCUGUCCAUCCACCCACCUCGUUACUUUCUUUAUCACCGCAAGUUAUUAUCAAUCGCCAUUCCCUCCUGAUUUACUGCAUCACUCUCCAUCGCAUAUACACAAAUUGGGAUAAUCAUCUCCGUCAUGAGCGACAACCCGCUCUCCCCCAACCCUCGACCCGACACUUCUUUCCAACCUCACGAUGAGCUCCACCCAGAUCCCACCCCUUCCACCUCGAUCGCCGCCCAAGACCAUCGGCGUGACGAUCAUCUCGCCGACAUCGCCGCUCAAGCACAAACGACCGAUGGUCAGACUUUGACCACUGGUGUUCCUUACCCUACCGCCAUCGGAGCGGCCAACGUCGUCCCUUCUCUCCCAUCUCAUCUCAAGGUCGACUCUGAACCUCCCAGUCGACAUUCCUCCGAGGUCAAUCGAGCCGUAGCUCUGGAUUUGGAAAGAGAGAAAGCACAAGCACGGGAACUCGCACACAAGAACAAACAUAAAAUAGGUAAACACCAAAAGGCAUCUACUCUGUCGGAGAAAAACGACAAAGAUCAAGCUUCACUUUCUUCAUCUGACGAUGAUCCCAAGACCGAAAAGAAGAAUCGUUUGCCUUGGGGUAAAGCUCGUAGUGCUAAAGAAAAGGAAGCUAAGAAAAUCAAAGAUAAAGAAGCCGAAGCAGCUGCUAUUCCACCUGUAUCAUUCCGCCAGUUAUUCCGCUUCGCCACACCCUUCGAACUGGUAUGCGACUUUGUCGGUUUGAUCCUUGCUAUUGGAGCUGGUGCCGCACAACCACUCAUGACUCUCAUCUUCGGUCGACUUACUACUUCAUUCACCGAUUAUGGGAUCGCCGUACAGCAGAUCACUUCGUCCAACUCCCCCGAAGCCCAGGCCGCAUUGGAAGCCGCCAAACAUCAACUCAGGAUCGAUUCAGGUCACAAUGCUCUGUACCUGGUUGCAAUCGGCGUCGGCAUGUUCUUGGCUACUUGGGCCUACAUGUUCAUCUGGAACACCACCGGAGAGUUGAAUGCCAAGAGGGUCAGAGAAAAGUACCUCCGUGCUGUGUUGCGUCAAGACAUUGCCUAUUUUGAUGAUUUGGGAGCUGGUGAGGUCGCCACGCGUAUUCAGGUCGAUUGUGAUCUUGUCCAAACCGGUACAAGUGAGAAAGUCGGGUUGUCAGCGCAAUACAUUGGUACUUUUUUCACUGGUUUCAUAUUGGCCUAUGUCAGAUCAUGGCGCUUAGCCCUGGCGCUCUCUAGUAUGUUUCCCGUUAUUCUAGCUACUGGAGGAGUUCUCUUCGUUUUCAUGACCAAAUUCUCCACCGUCUCUUUGGGACAUAUCGCCAAAGCCGGAUCCCUCGCCGAAGAGGUUGUCGCUAGUAUUCGUACGAUCAAAGCCUUCGGCUCGAGCAGGACACUCGGAAGAGGUUUCGACGACCAUAUCGAGGGUAGCCGACGGGUCGGUGUCAAAGGAACUUGGUUCGAAGGUGCCGGAUUGUCGACCAUGUUUUUCACGCUCUACGCCGGUUACGCUCUCGCCUUUUACUUUGGCGGUGUUCUCGUCGCUGAAGGUCACGCUACAUCUGGUAUAGUUAUCACCGUCUUUUUGUCGAUUUUAAUCGGUUCUUUUUCCAUGGCCAUGUUGGCUCCGGAAACUCAAGCUAUUGCCAAAGCUCAAGCAGCCGCCGCCAAGCUGUUCGCCACUAUCGACAGAGUACCGGACAUCGACUCUGCGAAUCCAUCGGGAGAGCGCCCGGAACAUGUCGAGGGUGUCAUCUCUUUCGAAAACGUCCGCUUCCAUUAUCCUUCCCGUCCUGACGUGCCAAUAUUGAAAGGUCUUACGACUACUUUUGAAGCUGGACGUACGGUCGCGUUGGUUGGUGCAAGCGGGAGUGGGAAGUCUACUGUGGUGGCUUUGGUCGAAAGGUUUUACGAUCCGAUUCAGGGGUGCGUCAAGUUUGACGGGCGUGAUAUCAAAACUCUCAAUCUAAAGUGGUUCCGCCAACAAAUUGGGUUUGUACAGCAGGAACCUACUCUAUUCGCCACAACCGUCCGCGGGAACGUCGAACACGGUCUUAUUGGCUCUCGCUGGGAAAACGCAUCGGAUGCCGACAAGUUCGAAUUGGUCAAGAAAGCCUGUAUCGAUGCCAAUGCGCACGAUUUUAUCUUGAAAUUGCCAAAUGGAUACGAGACUUUGGUCGGCGAGCGUGGAAUGCUCCUCUCUGGCGGUCAAAAACAACGUGUGGCUAUCGCUAGGGCUAUCGUCUCUGAUCCACGUAUUUUACUGCUUGAUGAGGCUACCUCUGCUCUUGACACUCAAUCAGAGGGUAUCGUGCAGGACGCCCUUGACAAGGCAUCAAAGGGCCGUACAACCAUCACCAUUGCUCAUCGACUGUCCACGAUUAGAGACGCGGACAAGAUCUUGGUCAUGGGUGGUGGGGAAAUUUUGGAAGAAGGCACUCAUAACUCGCUUCUUACCAAUGAAGACGGUCCAUACGCCCAACUGGUCAACGCUCAAAAAUUAGCCGCAGCCGAAAACCUCAUCAUUGUCGAUGACGAAGUCGCCACCACUGCUCCAGCCGCCCCUGGAUCACCCAAGACUGAAAGACUGCCCGAUCUCAAAAGGGCUAUCACCGGUCGUUCACUCGCCUCUGCCAUUUUGGAGGACCGUCGACUCCGUCACGAGGCCGACGAUGCUCAAGCAGACAAGCCUGCUUCGUCUCUGAAGCUGUAUUGGCGGUUAAUACGACUCAACUCAGAAGACAGGUACAUGUACAUUGUCGGAUUCAUGGGUUCCGUCGCCGCCGGUAUGGUCUAUCCCUCUCUCGCCAUUCUUUUCGGUUCGGCGUUGCAGGAUUUUCAAAUCACCGAUCCUCAACAACUCAAGCAUGCUCUCGCCAAUCGGGCUUUGUGGUAUUUCGUCACCGCCCUGGCGGCUGCAGUCGCAAUCUACCUUCAGACAAUGUUCAUGAGUCGAGCCGGAUGGAACCUUUCCGCCAAACUCCGAAGUCUUGCUUUCCGCUCUGUGUUGAAGCAUGACAUUGAUUGGUUUGACGAAGAGAAGAAUACCACGGGUUCUGUUACCGCUGAUCUUGCGGAUAAUCCUCAAAAAGUUCAAGGAUUGUUCGGGCCAACAUUAGGAACCAUCAUUCAAUCCUGUGCCACCCUUCUCGGUGGAUGUAUAAUCGGGUUGAGUUAUGGGCCUCUUCUCGCUCUUAUCGGUAUCGCCUGUCUUCCCCUCACGGUAUCAGGAGGAUACAUUCGAUUGAAAGUCGUCGUGCUUGCCGAUAGAAAAAUGAAGAAGAUUCACGCUAGUAGUGCCACCAUGGCAUCCGAAGCCGCAGGAGCAGUCCGAACCGUCGCUGCUCUCACUCGUGAAGACGACGUAGAUCGCUUAUACUCUCAAAGUUUAGAAGCUCCUAUGAGAAUGGCCAUUCGUGGUUCUCUUCGGUCACAAGCUUUAUACGCCGCUAGUCAAGGUAUAACUUUUCUCGUCAUCGCUCUAGUCUUUUACGUUGGAUGUCUUUGGCUCAUUUCUGGAAGAUACACAACUAGUGAAUUCUACACCGUACUCAAUUCUGUCAUUUUCGCAUCUAUCCAAGCUGGUAACAUCUUCACUUUCGUUCCCGAUGCUUCUAAAGCUGCCUCGGCCGCCCAGGCUAUAUUCCGUUUGGUAGAUUAUCAACCCACAAUCGAUGAGAACACUUCAGCGCCAGGAAUCGUACUUGAUCCAUCAAAGGUGGAAGGUCAUAUCAAGUUGGAAGGUAUACAUUUCCGAUAUCCCUCUCGACCAGGUGUGAGAGUUUUGAGGGAACUCGAUGUGGAUUGUCCAGCUGGGAAAUAUGUCGCUUUGGUCGGUCCUAGUGGAUGUGGGAAAUCAACAACUAUUCAAAUGUUAGAAAGGUUUUAUGAUCCGCUAGCUGGAAAAGUAACUUUGGACGGUGUGGAUAUAAAAGAUAUCAACGUGGCUAGUUAUAGAUCUGAAAUGGCUUUGGUUUCUCAAGAACCUACGCUUUAUGCCGGUACAGUGAGAUUUAAUGUGUUGUUGGGAGCGAAUAAACCGAUGGAUCAGGUGACUCAAGAAGAGAUUGUGAGAGCUUGUAAGGAUGCGAAUAUUUAUGAUUUCAUCAUGAGUCUUCCGGAUGGGUUUGAGACUGAGGUUGGAGGAAAAGGAUCUCAGUUGUCUGGUGGACAGAAACAACGAAUAGCCAUCGCAAGAGCACUCAUUCGUAAUCCCAAAAUCUUGUUGUUGGACGAAGCGACCUCUGCUUUAGAUUCACAAUCUGAACGUGUGGUGCAAGACGCUUUGGACAGAGCUGCAAAAGGAAGAACUACGAUAGCUAUCGCACAUAGAUUAUCUACAAUUCAAAGAGCUGAUAUCAUAUAUUGUUUUGGAGAGGGAAAAGUGAUUGAGAAAGGGACGCAUAAUGAGUUGUUGGCGAAACGUGGGGCGUAUUGGGAAUUGGUCCAAAUGCAAAACCUCAGUAGACAAUGAUACAUGUAACAUCAAACCGCAUCUCUCUAUCCAUUCCUCCACUUUAGAUCCCACUCUCACCCGUCAUAUAGUCAUCAUUCAACUUGUCAUGCAUGUAAUCUUGUAAUUUGUG